AUAAGAAAGUCAACAAGAACAUGACCACCAUACUUUAUCGUCUGGAAGUGCUUGAGAGACAACAAACCCAACUUAUUGAUAGGAUUCGCAUAGAUAUGACAGCCCAAGCCAACGAGGUCGAAACAAAGCUCUGCGAAUUUCUCAAUUCAGAGGAUUUGGGAACACAAUUCAUCUAUCGAUUUUACGGAUCUGCUCCAUCCGUAAGUGAGCUGGACGAAGAACUGCAAGUAAUUUUGCAACAGUGGGAAGAUAAAAAUCACGUAUUUGCAAAUGCUUUUAGCUUGCCUCUUCAACGAUUUUUGGAGCAACACAAUUUAGCAAAAAUGCAAAUCCUGAAUCUUCAACGUGACAUCUCGGAAGGCGAAGUCUCAAUGGCCACACCAAUUUACCCACAUUGUAAGUUUAGCGCUUCCGUGGUCUUCAUUUUUGAUCUCUUUGCUGAGAGGCUUGGAAUAUUCAGGAGUAUCUCUGGAUCCUUGGGUGGACUCGACACCAUUAUGCCUAUGAUGAAGAAUUUUACUUCUUCUCUUUGGAUGAGAAAGAGCUUUCUUCAGUGUGUUAUAAAUGGAGAUGCAGCUAAGUCUAUGGUAAAUAAAAUGCUUAAAAAGCAUCUGAAACGUUUGGAACAAAUUGGAAAUCAAGUUCCACAGAUGAUUCAGGCCAACAAAAAGUUAUGUGAAGAACUCCGUGACAACAAGCAAUCACACCAAAAGAUUAUAGAACUGUACGAGCCAAUUAGGAACUCUGCUUCUGCCAUAAGAGGACACCUAGCUGCAUUUGGGCUGAGAGAGGCCUGUGCUCACUGCAACGAGGAGUUGCAGUGGAAGGAUGAUGCAUCUGCCUUUCUUGGGUGUGGUAUGUUUGCCUCUGUGUACAAAGGGAAGAUGAUAAGACAUGGAUUCGAGCAAAAAGUAGCUGUGAAGGUUUGCCGCAAACCUCUAGACGUCGAAAAUGCAAGUCUCGUAGUUGAAGAAAUGACCCUUUUGAGAAAAUUAGAUCACCCUCAUAUUGUCAAGUUUUUUGGGACUGCACUCUUGAAAAAAGAGGACGGGUUAAGGUUGAUCUUUGUGAUGGAAAGGUGCACAGAAAGCCUCAAAGAUCACAUCUUCAAGCACCGAGAAUCUGUUCCGGGUCUAUCCGGAAAAACAGCGGACCUUAGAGUUUGUCGUUGGGCGAAAGAAAUCACCGCUGGUCUUCACUUUAUGCACGAAGUAGGCAUUAUCCACAGAGACCUCAAGCUAGAAAACAUCUUGCUGUCGGAAGAGGAUUCCGUGAGAAUAGGUGAUGUCGGCGUUUCUAAGGAAGCAAGUAAAGUCAGCGGUACUGUUAAGGGAUCUUUUUCGUACAUGGCACCUGAGGUGUUCCAUUCUAAACUAUAUGAUUUCAAAGCAGACAUCUACAGUUUUGGAAUAAUGCUUUGGGAGAUGUGGUUUGGACGACGAGCAUUUGCUGAAGUUGAAGCGUUAAACAAUCAACAUUUCUUUAGCUUGGUGGAUCAUGGGCGUCGUCCGAAAGAUAUCAUGGAAUUGAAAAAGCCUCCACGCCGCUGGAAAGAACUUAUGGAGAGAUGCUGGGAUAGAGACCCAGAAAAACGUCCCACAGCUGACAAUUGUGAGCGAGAAAUGACUGAAAUCUGCAGCGGAUGGACUGGUCAUUAGGAAGAACCAUGUUCCAAAUUAUACAUAAAGGCUACCGUCAAUAAUUGCACAUAUACUUUGCUUAUAUCACAAGCAAGCAGACAAGUUUAAUUAGCAUUUUCGAACAUCUGUCUUUUUUUAAUUUCACAUCAAAGGGUGCCAAUGGCUAGGACCAUUCGUAUCACUAACACAAUACAAUAUUGUUACAACACAAUUUUGUUACCAUUUUUGGCCUACAAAUUAAUUUUUACCUCGACCGCCCGCUUAACUAAGAUUACGUUUUGUUCCUCGUUGCGGAAUCAAUAAAAAGAAGGCUGUGGCAUGGCUGAACAUUACACAACAGCUUGGUAUGUCUUUGGCCAAGAUACUGGAAAGAGUUCACAGUUCUUCCUUGGAGAUAUAAGCAGGUGUUUGUGGAAAGAAGGGAAAUGACUAGUGAGUUAAUGGUUUUACAGUUUAAGAUGAGUUUCAAUCAUCUGAAUGGUAUCAGGUAAUUUCUUUGUACAACCAUGGAACCAUGGUAGUUUUACUCAGGGAAGCAACAAUUAAACUGCAUUUCAUUUCAUUGGGAUUUAGUUUCGAAUGGUGAGAUUUUAAUUCGGAUAGAUUUCAAAUUCGCGAGUAAACGUGACUCACGCCAUCGUCAUGCAGAUUGAUAUGUUGUAUUAUUGACUUUGUUUCUUCCCUACACGCUACAUGGAAAUCCGUCAUCAAUUUAAAGUGGCUCCAUAGCGUUGUUGGUCUGAUUAUGACAUAUGCACUGGCGUUCUUUUCAUAGAUUAUUAUUAUGUGCUUUCUGCCUUCAAGAUCACUAAAAUUGACCAAAAUGUAAUAAACAA